AUGGAUGACCAUGUUGCGCGUGCUAUCAAUCUGCUCGAGGAUCCAAACAUUCUCUUUAUUAUCAUCAGGACAAAAUCUUCCGACGCUCAUCAGAGAGCUCUCCAAGUUUCUCUUGCGGUCAAGCGCUUCCGGCACCGUGAAAACCUGUCCGACUUGCACCAAUAUAUCAUUGAAGAGGAGGACACUGCCCAGCCCGUUCCUUCCAGCAAGGGACCGAAAGUGAUUGAUCUGAACGACCCCAAACCUGUUCCUCAGCCAACUUCCUCCAAAGCAUGGACCCCUCCCACACGUAUGGCCAUCUAUCUGUCCACUAUCGUCCUCCCCGAUUUCAACCCAAGUCGCAUGGCGUCUACAAGUAAAGAGCCCGCGGGUAAUUCGCGCAUCCAGUCGAACAAGAUGGGAGAGCAUGCGGGCAAGGCCCCCACCAAACCACCAAAGCCUGGGCAAACACUACCAGGAUCCACAUUGAAAACGCCAACCCCGCCGCCACUGACUGAAGCAGACAGUGGAGGGUCGGGAUGUGGGUCCAAAUCGUCUUUGCGAAACUCUACCUUUGGCAAGUUGUUUCGGUAA